AUGACGUGGUCGAUUGAGCAGCUUGAGAUCAUCCUGGCCUGCACGUCCAACUGCUUCUCCUCCGUGGGGAUGCUCCUCUUCAAUAAGUUAGCAGUGCAGGCCUUCCCGCUUGAAUGCUGCUUAGUCUGGUUUCAGCUUUUCUUCGCUGCGGCCUUCAUGCUGAUCUUUGGCUUUCCGUACCUGCACAUAGGCUCUCUUAAAGAUUUCUUGCGAUGGUGCAUUGUGGUACCCUUCUACUGUGGCAUGCUCUUGACAUCCAUUCUGGCACUCAAAAAUGCCCCCAUGUCCUUGCUCAUAGUCCUGCGGAACGCAUCCCCGCUGGCUGCGCUGGCCAUAGAGCGAUUCUAUCCGGAGCCGCUGCGCAUCAGCCCCUGGAUGUUAGGCUCCAUUGGCUUGAUGCUUGCAGGAGCGUUGAUGUAUGUCAUGGACCUUCCCAGGGAGCACUAUCAGGGCAUUGGCUGGAUUUUGCUGAAUAGCUUCAUAGCUGUGAUGGAUCGCUGCCUGCAGCGACUCCUCCUCUCCAAGGACCAGCAGCCCGUGGAUAUUUCCAAAGCUGGCAUCACCCUGAUCAACAACGCCAUGGGCUUGGUGCCAGUAGGCAUUGCCGCGUGGGCAAAGGGAGAACUCUUGGAGUUCCCUGGCAAGUUCGCCGUCCUGUCUGUCGUGGACAAGGUUUAUAUCGGCCUCAGCUGCGUGAUUGGCCUGUCCAUCUGCUACACAGGCAUCUGGGCGCAGAGCCUCAUCAGCGCAACGAGCUUCCUGGUCAUGGUGAAUGCAAACAAGUUUGUGAUCAUUUGCAUCGAAGCCUUUGGCAUGCACACCAAGGUGCUUACGCUGCAUCAGUUCCUGGGAGCUUGCCUAUCGAUUCUAGGAGGCAUUUCUUAUGGAAAAGCACGCUCCUACAUCGAGCAAGAAGCCGAAGAGCGGAAGUCAUUUGUACAGAGUGGGCAAGCUGCAAAGACGAUCUCAAAUGAAUGCGUAAAGCUUCUAAUCCGAAGCCGCAACCUCGCACCAGCUGCCUUGGCCUUGCCUUUGCAUGCAUUGACUCCGAAAAGCCAGAAUGCCCUGCGGUUGGAAGCCUUGAUUGCAUGUGCAUGCAACUGCUUCUCAUCUGUGGGGAUGCUUCUCUACAACAAACUGGCCAUAGAAGCGUUCCCCCUUGAAUGCUGCCUGGUCUGGUUUCAGCUUGCCUUUGCUACGCUCACGCUGCUUUGUUUUGCGUGGCCUUCAAUUCACAUCGGCAGCUUCCGAGAUUUGCGAAGAUGGUGCAUGGUGGUGCCUCUCUACUGCAGCAUGUUGAUGACCUCCAUACUGGCCUUGAAGAGCGCUCCCAUGUCGCUUAUCAUUGUCCUGAGAAAUGCUUCGCCCUUGGUUGCUUUGGCGAUCGAGCGCUUCUACCCGGAGCCUCUUGGGAUCACCGCAGCUAUGCUCUUUAGCAUCCUUAUCAUGGUGGCCGGUGCAGGCAUGUACGUGUCCCACCUCCCGACGGAAGACAUGAAGGGUGUUGGUUGGGUCCUUUUGAACAGCGUAGUUGCCGUUGCAGACAGACUUCUGCAGCGACUCCUGCUUUCCAAGGACCAACAGCCUGUUGACAUCUCAAAAACAGGAGUCAUCCUGAUCAACAACCUCUGCGGUCUAGUGCCCAUUGGUUUGCUUGUCAUUUUGCGCCAGGAAGCUACGCAGCUGCCAAAUGCCUACAAAGCCCUGAACACUUGGGGACUUCUUUACAUCUUCCUUUCCUGCGUCAUAGGAGUAUCUCUCAGCUACACGGGGGUCUGGGCUCAGAGCCUCAUCAGUGCCACCAGCUUCCUGGUGAUGACGAACGCCAACAAAUUCGUGAUCAUCGGCAUCGAGGCGAUGGGCCUCCACGCACGCGUGCUGACACCUCUGCAGGUGGCAGGGGCCACUUUGAGCAUCCUGGGGGGCAUCCUUUACAGCCUGGAGCGGCAGGCCUUGGAGCCCUCAGAGCCCUCGGAGACCGGGCCUCUUCUGCCGGCCAGGAAGCUUUGA